CUUUCUCGUUUUUUUUAGCUAGAUAAUAUAGCUAGCUACAGUAAGGUUAGUCUAGUAGCUAAAUUAGCUAUCACAAAUUAAGUUCUUGAAUCAUGCUGUUUGUGAACUUUGCUCUUAGCUAGCUUCACCUGAAAAGUUGUCACCAAAAUGUCUGCAAUUAAUACAUACAUAAUGCAUGUCCAACUACAUAAUUUGUAAAGGUUUUGUUGUGCGCUAGCCAGCUAUGACUCACGGGCAGUCACAUGGCUAAACUGGAUUUAUGCGUCACAGCGCGCCUUUCUGGACGAAGACCCGCCAGACUGUAAUGCCCUUUGGCUUUAACAAUAGUUCACCUGCUAAAUUAGCUUAAUGUUUACAUGCAACGAGUUCUUGGCAGCCUGUUUUGUGUUGUAAGAAUUUGGACCAUCAUUACAGCACAUCAGUGAAACAUGAAAAAAGAGAUUGCAGCAUUGGUGUUGUUCCUGAAAAGACUGAUCAAAAAGGUGGACAAGUUGGACACCCAGAAAGUGGACAUGUUUGUGGAGCAGUUGACUGUUGCCCUGCAGGAGAAGUUCAGGGGGCAUUGGUACCCUGACAACCCCAGCAAAGGACAGGCCUUCAGGUGUAUUCGGCUGAACAGGUUGCAGAAGGAGGAUCCAGAGUUGCUGCGGGCCUGCCAGGAGAGUGGGGUUCAGUACAAGGACCUUGGCCUGCCCAGAGAACUCACUCUGUGGGUAGACCCUGGUGAGGUGUGCUGCAGGUAUGGAGAGAAGAACCAUGCUUUCACGGUGGCCAGUUUCUUUGGUGAUGAGACUGUGACUAAGAAGGUGACCAGUGCCGUGGAGAGGGUGACGUCUGACUACCACUCUGGUUCAUCUUCAGAGGAGGAUAGUGGCCUCAGGGAAACGCGUCCAUCCACUACCUGCCCCCAAAAUCACCACACAUACCAGGUGAUCUACCCAGCUGCUCCUCUGUGGUGUCAAGUGCCCAAGCAAAAGAAGAUGGGGCCUGGUAAAGGAUAUAACGUGCCUCCACGUCCUCCUCACUAUGGCUUCAGACCUCAAGGCAGACCCACCCAGUCCUUCAGACACAAAGGAUUGGCUCUGCCUGGCCAGAGAGGGGGGCUCGGAUACUGGGGUGGCACUCCAGGCCUGGCUUACUGUUAGGGACCACUGUAGCAAGUGUUGACGUUAGUAUUAGCCUGUUCCAGGUUCUCUGAGCUGUUGAGGGUAACCACUAGAGCAAGCAAUAGUUCAUGGGUGACAGGUAGCCUUGCGGUUAAGAGUGUUGGGUCAGUAACUGAAAGGUUGCUGGUUUGAAUCUCUUAGCCGACUAGGUACAACAUCUGUUGAUGUGCCAUUGAGCAAGGCACUUAACCCUUAGUGCUCCCGUAAGUCGCUCUGGAGAAGUGUCUGCUAAGUGACUGAAAUGUUAGAGGGAAGGAAGUGGCAAACAAAGUCCACCAAGAUGUUUGACCACAUUUUUUAAAUGUAUUUUUGUAGUGAGAUAGUCACUGGAAUUUGUUAUUUUUAUGGUAAGAACAUGAACUCUUUACACUUAAGAGAAUUUGUAUUCGUGUGAGUAAAAUAAUUAGUUGUAAUGGAUAAGGAAUAUAGGAAUUUGAUGUGUAUUUUAUAGCUAUGAAGAUAUAUGUACUGUAUUUAUUUCUGAUGGGUUAAUUGUAUGUUACCUCCUACUGUGCUGUCCAUCAGUUAUGUUCCAAUGAGAAAUUGUUUUAUUUAUUCAGUGUAUUAGUAUUAUUAAUUGUGCUUACCACUUAAAUUCUGAGAUAUUAAACACAUUUUCUAAUCCUACCUCAA